CCCCCCUCUUAUCUCCUACCUACAUUCAAUUUCUUUCCGGUUUCUCCUUCCCUUCCCUUCUCCUCUCCUCUUCCGCUCCCCUCCCCCCUCCUCCCCUCCGCCUCUCCUCCAGUGCGCCCUCCCUUUCCCCCCACACCAUCCAUCGAUCUAUCGACAUCGAAUUCUCAAGAGACUACCACGAUGCCCGCUCCUUCGACCACCCUCCUCAUUGAGGGUCCCUUCACGGAACUUGCCGAUGAGUUCGCUCAGUACAUCGAUGCUCUUCGCAAGCCCGACGCCGCCGCUUCCAAUCUUCAGGCCGAGAUCGCCCCGCUGUUGGAACCUCUGCGCCAGCAGGAACAGUCUGAUGCUGAACCCGACCGUAAGCAACGGGAUGAGGUGUUGAAGAAGUUGGUCACCGCCGCUACUGCCUUGAAUGCGGCUCCCGAGAAGGAAAUUAUCUCCGCUUACAACCUCCUCGUUCACCUCGUCCACCAGGCCUCCGACCCGGACAUGUUCCUCUCGCGCAUCUGCUCUUACCUCGCCAAACCCAUUACCGCCUCUCCUCAGUUCGGUCCCUCCUUGGCCAUCUCCGUUUUGUCCACCAUCUUCAACACCCUCGCUCCCACCGACUCUAGCCGCUACCACGUUCUCCUGGCCAUCGUUGCCGUUAUCCGUCAGGCCGGUGCCUCCGUCGCUUUUGACGCCCUCAAGCCUCAGCUGACUUCUCAGCUGCCCGCCUGGCUCGCCGCUUGGGAGCUUGAGGCCGAGGAGGCCCAGCGCUUGCACCUGGCGAUUGCCGAUGCCGCCCAGGCCGCUGGGGACGCCGAGUUGUCUCAGUCCCAUGUCUUCCAGGCCCUCCAGACCAUUCCCGCCGCCCAGGCCGCCAGCCCUGAGGCCCGUGAGCUGGCAGUUCGCGCCCUGACUUCCGCUCUCACUUCUCCCGCUGUCUUCGACUUCACCCCGUUGACCGCCUCCGACGCCGUGCAGGCCCUUCGCGCCAGCGACAGUACCCUCUUCGAGCUGCUUGAGAUCUUCACCUCCGACACCCUUGACGCCUACGAGGCACUCAUUACCACCAGCCCUCUGGCCGGUAUCUCGGGUGGCGUGCUGGCCGAGGCCGGCGAUGCUCUGCAGACCAAGAUGCGCCUGCUCACCCUGGCCUCGCUGGCUGCCGCGACUCCCUCCCGUUCGCUGCCCUAUGCCACCAUUGCCAACGCGCUGCGGGUUUCGGACGAGGAUGUCGAGAAGUGGGUUAUUGACACCAUCCGUGCUGGUCUCGUUGAGGGUAAGCUGUCACAGCUGCGUUCUGAGUUCCUUGUUCACCGUGCCACCUACCGUGUCUUCGGCGAGAAGCAGUGGGCUGAGGUUCAGGGUCGCCUGAUGGUCUGGCGCCGCAGCCUGGAACGUGUCCUAGGUGUUGUCCGUUCCGAGCGUGAGCGCUUCGUGCGCGAGGGGCUGCAGGCGGCCCAAGCGGCCGAGGAGGCUGCCCAGGGCAAGUCCUCCGACAAGGGCAAGUCCGGUGACCGCCGUCGCCAGCAAGGUAACAACAACAACAACAACAACCAGUCUUCGACUCCGGCUGCUCCAGCCGUCAGUGCGCCCGUGGAGGCUGUGGCUGAGUAAAUGACGGAAGGACGGAAAUGCGGGCGAGGAUCAAUGACUGAUGAUGAGACCUACAUACCUUGUUUUUUUGUCUUUUGACCUACUAUCUACCAGAUACCACACCCUUAACCCGCGCAGACGGAGUCGGGAACGAGCAAGAGAAAAGAAAGACCUAAAAGUAUCUCUGUGUCAUGGCUGGGCAGCGGUGUUAACGCUAAUUCUUCGUGUCUAUGGAUUGGGUGUUUGUAACUGAUUUAUUAUGUUCAAUGCUGGAAUGUUUCUUCUUCACCGUCGCAUUUAGAUGGAUGGAUGGCUCGAUUGCUGGGGUCGUCACGGAGGUAGCUCACGUUAGCUUUAGAAGCGAGCCGGUCAGCUGUACUUAGAAAGUGGAGGAUAGAAUCGACUGUGUCAAACGAC